AGGGGAGGCGGCAGCGCUCCCCGAGCUGGGACAGUCACUCGCUCUCCGGGCUGUGGGGCCGGGUACAGACAGCGCCGCCCCCCCCUCGGCCGUCUCGCAAGCCCUCGGGAAGCGCAGGCUCGCAGCACGGCGCUGGGGGGGCUCCCCGGCACCCCAGCCCCGAGUCCCCAGCCCGCUGCACUUCUGGGCCCCCCUUACCCUCGAGAGGCACCAGGAGUUGUCGCAGGGGGGCCUCGGGAAAUUCCCCGGACCCCUGUGCCAGGAGGUGCCCGGUUCGCCCGCUCCCCACCCCACCCCCGAGGGCGGUGCCCGGGGGCGCUGCCCCAUGGAGCGGGGAGGCGGGCGCCGUCUGCUCCGGGAGCCGUGACCCGAGUCGGAGCUGUGUGUCGCAGCCGCCCCGACCCCCGCCGAUCAUGCGCCGCGACCCCCGGCUCGCCAGUCCCACCGGACUGUGAGCCCCCCCAUUCCCCCGCCGUCCCGGCCCUCGCGCCAUGGGCAGCGCCCACCCUCGCCCCUGGCUGCGGCUCCGACCCCGGCCCCAGCCGCGGCCCCCGCUCUGGGCGCUCCUGUUCUUCCUACUGCUGCUGGCUGCUGCCGUGCCCAGGUCAGCACCCAACGACAUCCUCGGCCUCCGCCUGCCCCCGGAGCCCGUGCUCAACGCCAACACGGUGUGCUUGACGUUGCCCGGCCUGAGCCGGCGGCAGAUGGAGGUGUGUGUGCGCCACCCGGACGUGGCCGCCUCGGCCAUCCAGGGCAUUCAGAUCGCCAUCCACGAGUGCCAACACCAGUUCCGGGACCAGCGCUGGAACUGCUCCAGCCUCGAGACUCGCAACAAGAUCCCCUACGAGAGCCCCAUCUUCAGCAGAGGUUUCCGAGAGAGCGCCUUCGCCUAUGCCAUCGCGGCAGCCGGUGUGGUGCACGCCGUGUCCAACGCGUGCGCCCUGGGCAAACUGCGGGCGUGCGGCUGCGACGCGUCCCGGCGCGGGGAUGAGGAGGCCUUUCGUCGGAAGCUGCACCGCUUGCAGCUGGACGCGCUGCAACGUGGAAAGGGCCUGAGCCACGGGGUCCCGGAGCACCCCGCCCUGCCCCCCGCCAGCCCGGGCCUGCAGGACUCCUGGGAGUGGGGCGGCUGCAGCCCGGAUGUGGGUUUCGGCGAGCGCUUCUCUAAGGACUUUCUGGACUCCCGGGAGCCUCACCGAGACAUCCACGCGCGCAUGAGGCUCCACAACAACCGGGUCGGUAGGCAGGCGGUGAUGGACAACAUGCGGCGGAAGUGCAAGUGUCACGGCACGUCGGGCAGCUGCCAGCUCAAGACGUGCUGGCAGGUGACGCCCGAGUUCCGCGCCGUGGGGGCGCUGCUGCGCAACCGCUUCCACCGCGCCACGCUCAUCCGGCCGCACAACCGCAACGGCGGCCAGCUGGAACCCGGCCCGGCGGGGGCGCCGUCCCCAGCGCCGGGCACCCCCGGGCCGCGCCGUCGGGCCAGCCCCGCCGACCUGGUCUACUUUGAGAAGUCACCCGACUUCUGCGAGCGCGAGCCGCGCCUGGACUCGGCGGGCACCGUGGGCCGCCUGUGCAACAAGAGCAGCGCGGGCCCCGACGGCUGCGGCAGCAUGUGCUGCGGCCGCGGCCACAACAUCCUACGCCAGACCCGCAGCGAACGCUGCCACUGCCGCUUCCACUGGUGCUGCUUCGUGGUCUGCGAAGAGUGCCGCAUCACCGAGUGGGUCAGCGUCUGCAAGUGAGCCGCCCGGGGCUCCCCGGGCACACCCCCACCCCACGCCUCCCUCGAGAGCCCCGGCCCUGGCCCUCCGCAGCGAGCUCGGCCAGGGCAGCCCCCUUCUUGGCUCCUGGAGAGGAGGCUGGACCAACAUGGACCCUCCUGGCUCUGCGGAUCUGCAGUCGCGGGACAGCCCAGGACUGCUCACUCCUGUGGGCUCUGCGACAGCUCAGUUGGGCCAACGGUGGCCCUAUCUCCUCGCACAUGCGUCAGGCAGGUGGCUCCUGAGCCUGUCUCCUUUCAGCCUCAGUCUCCCGCCCCCGCCCCUUCCCCUGCAGCGGAGGGAAAGAGAAGAAAUGGACAUAAACAUUCCCCUCAUGGUUCAUUUAACAAAUAUUUAUUUUGCACUCUCGUGGCCCUCUGUCCGGGGAUGAGGGGCACUGAAAACCCUGAUGUGGAUACUGGAGAGACACACACAGUGCCUGCCCACUGGGGGGUUACAUUCUUGCUGAGGAAGAGGGACAAAUAAACAAGUAAACACGCAAGGUCAUUUCAAA